ACGCGUCCCGCCCCCGCUCUGUCGCUUUAAGCCCGUCCCGCCGCCGCGCCCCGCCCUCACCCCUCCGCGCGCUCCGCGGCUCCCCGCCGCCUCUCCCGCUCCUCCCCUGCUCGGCCCUCUCCUCCUCCCGCUCCUCCGCGCCGCUGCCAGCCCCGCUGCGCGCUCUGCUCCUCGCAGCUCCCCGGACCCGCAGCCAUGGCCGACAUCAAGACGGGCAUCUUCGCCAAGAACGUCCAGAAGCGGCUCAACCGCGCGCAGGAAAAGGUCCUUCAGAAGCUGGGGAAAGCUGAUGAGACAAAAGACGAACAGUUUGAAGAAUAUGUCCAGAACUUCAAACGGCAAGAAGCAGAGGGCACCAGACUUCAGCGAGAACUCCGAGGAUAUUUAGCAGCAAUCAAAGGCAUGCAAGAGGCCUCCAUGAAGCUCACAGAGUCGCUGCAUGAAGUCUAUGAGCCAGAUUGGUAUGGGCGGGAAGAUGUGAAAAUGGUUGGCGAGAAAUGUGAUGUGCUGUGGGAAGAUUUCCAUCAAAAACUUGUAGAUGGGUCCUUGCUAACACUGGAUACCUACCUGGGCCAAUUUCCUGACAUAAAGAAUCGCAUCGCCAAGCGUAGCAGGAAGCUGGUGGACUACGACAGUGCCCGCCACCAUCUGGAAGCUCUGCAGAGCUCCAAGAGAAAGGAUGAGAGUCGAAUCUCUAAGGCAGAAGAGGAAUUUCAGAAAGCACAGAAAGUGUUUGAAGAGUUUAAUGUUGACUUACAAGAAGAGUUACCAUCAUUAUGGUCAAGACGAGUUGGAUUUUAUGUUAAUACUUUCAAAAAUGUCUCUAGCCUUGAAGCCAAGUUUCAUAAGGAAAUUGCGGUGCUUUGCCACAAGCUGUAUGAAGUGAUGACAAAACUGGGUGACCAGCAUGCCGACAAGGCCUUCACUAUCCAAGGAGCGCCCAGUGACUCGGGUCCUCUCCGCCUUGCAAAGACGCCAUCACCACCUGAGGAGCCUUCACCCCUCCCAAGCCCGACAGCAAGUCCAAAUCAUACAUUAGCACCUGCGUCUCCUGCACCGGCACGGCCUCGGUCACCUUCACAGACAAGGAAAGGGCCUCCUGUCCCACCCCUACCUAAAGUCACCCCGACGAAGGAACUGCAGCAGGAGAAUAUCAUCAGUUUCUUUGAGGACAACUUUGUUCCAGAAAUCAGUGUGACAACACCUUCCCAGAACGAAGUCCCUGAGGUGAAGAAAGAGGAGACUUUGCUGGAUCUGGACUUUGACCCUUUCAAGCCAGAGGUGACACCUGCAGGUUCUGCUGGAGUGACCCACUCACCCAUGUCUCAGACAUUGCCCUGGGACCUGUGGACGACAAGCACUGAUUUGGUACAGCCGCCUGACUCUUCAAAAAGUCUGUCCUUGUGUAACCUGAUCAUGGAGGAAACUCCAGACAGUGGGUUGGCCGAAGAAAUUCAAAGAUCUCAAAAUGAUAUAGGUGGAUUUACUUGGGGCCCUGAUGCUAGUACAGACAGGGUCAGCCAGGAAAUUACCUCAGGUGGGUUUGGAGAAGACUCUGCAUGUCUCUACCAAGCAGAGCAAGGCAUAAGAUUAUCCACCAAACUGCUUUCGUCUGCUGACUGGCCCCCUGUAGCUGAACAGGGUGAGCAUGCCCCAGAGCCAGCCCUUCCAGGUGGAAAUGAACGACUGUCCCCAAAGCCCGUGCCCAAGGCUGGAGUUGCCAUUGCUGCUUGUGUGGAGAUGGAGCAGCCAUAUGACUCACGUGACUCAGAGAUGCCAGCCAUGGACACAGCUGGCCUGUUCAAAGAAAGUCAUGAAGAUAUGAAGAAGUCAGGUGAAGAGGAAGAGAAAAAGAAGAUAGAAGAUUCUCUGUGGACAGGUGUGGAGACGUGUCAAAAGGCUGCUGGUGUUUCAUUUAAUGGAUUCACACAGCCCCAGGAUACUUCGUUAUUCAAAAUGCAGACAGACCAAAGUAUGAUCUGCAACUUGAUUAUACCUGGAGCUGAUGCUGACGCGGCUGAGGGGGCCCCAGGAGAGGAAGCAGAGGCAGAGAAGGCCACUCUCCCUACCGGGGAAGGAGUAAGCUUAGAGGAGACCAAAACUGGAACUGAAACCACUGAGAGUGCAGAGAGUGCCCAACCUGAAUCAGAGGAGCUGGAAGCAGCAGUGCCUCAGGAGAAGGUCAUCCCUUCGGUGGUCAUAGAGCCUGCCUCCAACCAUGAAGAGGAAGGAGAACAUGAAAUCACCAUAGGUGCAGAGCCCAAAGAGACCACCGAGGACGCGGCUCCUCUGGGCCCCACCAGCGAGACGCCGGAGCUGGCUACAGAGCAGAAGCCUCUCCAGGACCCUCAGCCCACGCCUUCUGCACCAGCCAUGGGGGCUGCUGACCAGUUAGCAUCUGCAAAAGAGGCCUCUCAGGAAUUGCCUCCUGGCUUUCUCUACAAGGUAGAAACACUGCAUGAUUUUGAGGCAGCAAAUUCUGAUGAACUUACCUUACAAAGGGGUGACGUGGUGCUGGUGGUCCCCUCAGAUUCGGAAGCUGAUCAGGUAAAAGAUAAGAUUGGAAGGUGCUUUGCGCUACGUUGA